GGCGGCCCGUGCGCGGGGCCGGGCGGGAGAGCUUUCCCAGGAUGCGGCGCUGACCCCACUGCUCCAUGGCCGCACACCUGGUCCGCCGCUGCUGCCGGCGGCUGCUGCUUCUGCCGGCUCCGGCCGGGUCCCCGGCGGGCCCCGCCCUGCGAACCUGCCCGCCCCGCUGGGCCGAGGGGCCGCAGGCGCGGCCGCGGGACAACGGCGCGGAGCAGCAGCUGCGGGAGCUGAUCCGGGCCGCUGCCAGCCCCCAGGAGCUGCUGCAGGUGAGCCGGGGCCCGGCCCUGAGCAGCAACCUGGCGGCGCUGGCCAUCACCCGUCUGGCCCGCUUGGCCCGUGAGCAGCACCUGGACAGCGAGGGCAUCCGCAGAGACCCGCGCUUCCAGCAGCUCCUCUGCACUGUGGAUGCGCAGAUCUCCCAGGUGUGGAACACACCUCUGGUGCUGCUGCUGCGGAGCCUGCAGGCGCUGGGGCUGGCGCAGGGCGGGCCCCAGGUGCGCUCGGUGGAGCAGGAGGUGCUAUGGCGGCUGCGGCGCCUGCCCCUGCGGCAGCUGGUGCACCUGGCCGAGCACCUGGCGGGGCAGGGCCACGACAGCCUCCUGCUGCCCGAGGUGCUGCGCAAGCUGGAGCUGCGCUGGACCGAGCUGGAUGGCACCCGCACCGUGGUGACGCUCAUGGCCAAGGUGGGACACCUGUCCCCCACCCUGAUGGAGCGCCUGGAGGACAAGGCCCUGGAGCUGGCAGAGCACUUUGACCCCGAUGAGCUGCGCCGUGUGGCGCUGGCGCUGGCGCUGCAGCAGCGCCGCUGCGUGCCCCUGCUGCGGGCCCUGUCCUACCACCUGCUGCAGAAACCUGCUGAGCUGCCCCUGCCCAUCAUCACCGACCUGCUCUUCGCCUACAGUAAGCUGAACUUCCAGCAGCCACAGGUGCUGCACCGCCUGUCCCUGGAGCUGCAGCCUCACCUGGGCAGCCUGAGCCCGGCUCAGGUGUCGCGCUGUGCCCGCUCCUUCGCCAGCCUGCGCUGGCUCAGUCGGCCCCUCGCCGAGGGCAUCGCUCAGUACUGCCUGGAGAACCCACAGAACCUGUCCCUCACCCAGCUCUGCGGGAUCCUCGUGUCCUUCGCCCGCCUCAACUUCCAGCCCAGCUCCAGCGAGGAAUUCUUCUCAAUGGUCCAUGAGCGGCUGCAGGGGCAGGAGCUGGACAUGCACCUGCUGACAGAUGUGGUGUGGUCCCUGUGUGUCCUGCAGCAGCCACGGCCCCCUCACCUGCAGCAGGUGCUGUCCCCAGAGUUCCACACCCACCUCCGAGGUGACCCCUCCCCACGGGCACAGAGCUCCUGGCUGAAGCUGCUGCACAUCAACACCACAGCCAGGCUGGAGGUCCCGGGCUACCAGGGGCCCUUCCUGCCCCCCGAGGUGCUGGGGCGUGACAAGGACAGGGACAAGGACAGGGACAAGGCCACUCCCCUGCAGCGGGGGCUGCAGGAGGCGCUGCCAGGGGCUCUGGGGGGCCACGACCUCGUCAGGUGCAACGUGAGCACGGUGUACGGCUGGGACAUCGAUGCCGAGGUGGUGCUGGACAGUGACAACAAAGCUCUGCCAGUGAGGGACUUCAGUGCUCCCCAUUUGUCCCACUCCGAGGGGACAAAGCCACUGCCACCAGGGGCCAGGAGGGUGGCCGUGCUGCGCUGGGAGCUUCUGCAGUUCAGCUCACGGGGCCGGGAGCUGCUGGGCCGGGGCUCCAUGGCCCGCAGGCACCUGAGAGCCGCCGGCUUCCUGCUGGCCGAGAUAUACCCAAAGUGUCACCUGAACCUCCCUCCUGGAGCAGGGCCCAACCCCCACCCUGUGAGGUGCCCUUGGGACUCAGGUGCCCCACUAUGAAUUCCUGGAGCUGAAGCUGGAGCGGCAGCGCGUGGCCUACCUGAAGGACAAGGUGGCCAAGGCCCUGGCCAGUGACACAGCAGGGGACACAGCCACCGACACAGCCACCUAGCCCACCCACGUGGCCUCCUCACCUCAGUCAGUGGCCACGUCCCUGUGCCAAUGUGACCAGGUCACCAUGCCGAGGUGGCCCAGUGGCCAAGCCCAGGUGGGCACGUCACCACAGUGAGGUGGUCACAUCACCAGGUGGCCGUGCCCAGGUGGCCACAUUUCCACAGUGAGGUCCCCAUGUCCCCACCUGGCUGUGGCGUUGCUGCCCUGUGUCACCAACGGCUCAAAUAAACUCUAA